UGUAGUCUGGAAAUUUUCUUUUUGUGAAUCUGCAGAUUUAAUUGCAUUUCGGAUAGGCCUAGCUAUUAAAUUUACACCGCACUUAUUCAUAUCUGUUUAAGUGAUUAAGUGAUAAAACUAAUAUAUAUAUAAAAUAAUCACACUUAAAAAUGGCGAACUAAUUACAGUGGUCUCAGGUGUGCGCCUCAAGCCGGUCACCUCUGAGCUGUCAACGCGCCAUCGCACUCGUGUGGAGUCGCGCUACUGUGAUUGUUUGAAAUCAGCAUUUUGAGGAUUUAUGGCCAAAAUGGGUAAACUUAAUUUUUACGUUAUUUGGUCUCUACACGACGCUCCCCGACAGUUCAUGAGUAAAUCCAAUCGCAGGUGUUUUCAGGCGCACAUCCCGCUGCCCCUACCCAAACAGCUGGUCAUCUUCGGUCUUGGAGAGUGGGGAAAUAACGAGACAACCAUAUCAGUGGAGGUCCUUGUCAGUACUAAUGUACAGGCCCAGAAUAUAGGGACUCUGUCCUCUCGAUCAAGGUGCCUGACUUGGGAAGGCGAGUGGAAUCAUGAAAUUUCUUCAGUGGCAGCAGAGAGAAGCAGGAAGGGUGUAUAUGGCAAGAUUGUGCUCACAGUGUGUGGGGAGCAGGAGAAAGACGGUGUCUUCAGCAGCACUUCACUUAUGCAUAAGAAAUGGUCAGUCCCACAAGGACACAAUGAAGUGGAUCUUUCAAGCACAAUACAUCAGAGCACCAUGAAUGAAACGAUGACCCAGAACUGCUCACAAUUGUGCAGCAGUGUUUGCUUUGGAGAGAUUCAAGUAAAUAAAAUCGACACCAGUGAUUGUGUUGUGCCAAGUCGACUGUCAGCUUGGCCUACAAACAAGACUCCCAGAUGGACAAUCAUCAGUAAAAGAGGUCACCUGACUUGGAGCUCCGAGGACAAGGACAGCCCUGGUGAAGACAUAAUGCAGUCAUCCACCCCCAAGAAGAGGAUCUUGUCGGUGAACAGUCCGGAUGAAAUAACAGAACAGAUAAAGAAUGAGAACAGAGAAGUGUCAAUGUGUCCAUCGAAGCGCUGGAGCCACACAAUGUGUCUGAUUGACCCAGACACUGCUGUUCUCAUUGGUGGAGAGACAUCAGAGCAGAACUACUGUAAAGACUCUUUGUGGAAACUGGAGCUUGACAAUGACUUCUGGUUUCCAAUGAACUCCUCUGCUUCUGGGUAUGUGCCACCAUGUGCCCGGGGCCACUCUGCAACCUUUGACCCUGACUCAAAAUCAGUCUUCGUCUACGGUGGCCUGAGGGAGGGUCUUUCUUACAAUGAACUGUACAUUUUAAACACUAUGACCUGGAAGUGGAUGCUUGUCAAUACUAAGGGGAGUGUUCCGACUUUGGCGUAUCAUUCUGCUGCCUUUUAUAAGAAGGAGCUUUUUGUUUUUGGUGGAGUUAAGCCAAGCACUUCCUCUGGAGAGAAAAACUGCAGUAAUGCUCUGUACAUAUUUAACCCUGAGUUUGGCCUGUGGUACCAGCCCAUUGUGGAGGGAGAAAGACCUCUGCCACGCUUCGGGCAUUCAGCCACUCUGCUCUCCCAUAAACUGAUUAUUUUUGGUGGCAGAAAAACAGCAACAUAUCUUAAUGAUCUUCACAUUCUUGAUCUAGGCUUGAUGGAAUACACAGCUGUGAAGUGUGAAAACAUGCCUCCACUGCCUCGGGGGUUUCACGCAGCAGUCCCUCUUUCAGACAACAGAAUUUUGGUAAGUGGUGGUUGCAGUGCCAUUGGAGCCCUUCAGGAUGUCCAUAUCUUUAAUAUAGAUACCAGAAUAUGGACUUCACUGACUUCACCUUUGCUCUCCUCCAAACCUCGAGCUGGACACAGCAUUAUUGGUCUGGGCUGCUCCGCUUCAUCACACACAGGGAAACAAAAGGACAAGAAUGGACCAACCAUCUGUCAGUGUAAACUUCUGGUAUUUGGUGGGUCUGACUGCGCUGGUACCUUUUACAACGAUACAAUAAAAUGCACUAUGGAGAUUACUAGUGAAGAAUGAGGAAACACUUAAGAAAACACUGACCCAAUCUUUUGUAUCACAAUUUUUAAUAAAGAUUUAUAUUCAAAUAAUAAAA